AUGGAUGUAGUAGCCACAACAGGUAGCUUAUUUGCAUUGACUUUAUUGGCGAGGACAACAGAUGGAUCGGCUGGCGAUAGGCAUCAGAUAUUUUUGAAAUGCGUGGAAUCGUGUGUUGUUAGAUAUGGUUGUCCGCAGAAAAACGAUGAGAGUGGUUGGAUCUUUGGUGAGUGUUUCAGGUGCCGUUACAAUUGUAUAUGGAAAACUGUAAAACAUUUCAGUGAUGUUUUACGCCUUCCUGUACCACAGUUUCAUGGUAAAUGGCCGUUCUUAGCUGUUUGGCUACCAUUAAUUGUAUCUGUUCCAAUUCAGGAAUUUGCUUCCGUUAUAUUUUCAAUACUGAAUUUACUCACGACUUUAUCUAUGUAUCGAACAGUUAAACGUCUGCGCAGUUCUAAUCGUCUAAAAAUCGUUUGGACUACUUAUUCAAUAAUUGGAAUUUUAAUGUGGACAUGUUCAGCCGUUUUCCAUUGGGCCAACUUUUGGUUAACUGAAUAUUUGGACUACUUCGCUGCAUGUGCAUUUAUUGUGUUCGCACUUUUUGCUAGCAUUUCGUUCACCAUUAAAUCACUUCAAAAUUGUCACCGAGGAAGAAUUUUGUGGUCCUUUUUGUUCAUCACCUUUCUAUACCUAUACAUAAACCAUAUAUACAGUCUUAUGAUAUACUUCGACUACGGUUACAAUAUGAAAAUGUGCAUUGUAUGUUCGUUCCUUACAGCUAUGAAUUAUUAUGUAUGGCUGGCACAGCAAUGGAAAAUAAGGGAUCGUUCAAGCCGGCAAUCGUUAAGAUAUUUAAUUGUCGUGGUCACGUGGGGCCUAUUAUCAGUUCUAUUGGAGAUCUUGGAUUUUGUUCCCAUAUAUUGGAUUAUUGAUUCGCAUGCGUUAUUUCAUUUAGCUACAGUACCAUUGCCAUUGCUAAUGACCCGUUUUAUACAACUGGAAAAUGCUUACGAAAUGCAGAAACAGAUGGAAAAUAUUAAACAAACUUGA